AUGUUUAUGCUCUGGAUAGCGGCUGCGGUGUUUGGACUCAUAAUCAUCGGACGGCCACUAAUUGUGUAUCUGCAAGACGUCAAAGGAUUUCGAAAAUAUCCGGUCCAAAAUUUCCUCUCUGGUAUAUCCCCUCUUGCCUAUUGCUGGGAGGUCGGACGAUCCCAUCGAGUAUUUCACACACGUCGACUACAUGAGCAGCUAGUUGAUAACCCCGUUGUACGCAUCGGCCCCAACUGGCUAUCAUUUGGUCGCGCUCGGGCUGCGCGAGACAUCUACGGCUACGCAUCACCGUGCCUCAAGAGCCGUAUCUACGACUCAUUACAGGGUGGCGGCGAGCAUCUUGUCAACAUCACCAGCCGCGCUUUGCACAGUUCGCGCCGGAAGAUGGUGGCCACUGCGUACGCUCCCCGCAACAUUGAAAGGUGGGAGCCCAAGGUCACUGAAACCACCACGGUUCUCUUAUCCAAGCUUGACCGUCAAUGUACACAGGCUCCGAAGUCUUCCAUUGGACCCAUCCCAGGCAAUGAGCUCACCUUUGACGGCAACCUCUGGGGGAUGUUGUAUUGCUUCGAGUGCGUCAUCAAGAUCGGUUUAAGCAAGGAUGUAGGUUUCAUUGCUCAAGGCUCGGACAUGGUCGAAGUGCGGCGUAAGGACGGCACUACUGUACAUGUGAACGCCAUCGACUGUUUGCACAGCGGCUCCAGAGCAACUUCAACACUGAUCUGGGAUACCCGAAACUUUGGCCUAUGGAAGCGCAUAUCGCAAAACAUCUCCUCGCGGUAUGCCAAACAAUGGGAUAAUGCCUCCCAAUGGCGCGCCUUUAUCGAGAAUAUGACAGAAGAGCGUCUAGAACGUUUUGCGGCUGGCGAAUACCUUGAUGAUCUUAUCCAGCUGAUGAUCGUCGACAGAAUGGGAACAGACGCAGACAUCACGAUGCAAGAUCGGGUCGCUGAAGUCGACCAGAUGGUCAACGGCGGCGGCGACGGACCAGGUAUCUCCUUGGUCAACACCUUGUACUAUCUUACCAAGAACCCGGAAACCUUGGCUAAGCUACGCGCCGAACUCGACGAAGCAUUGGAAUCGCAUGAUGGCGUAGUACCUUGGUAUAAAGUCAAGAACCUGCCAUAUCUCCGCGCCUGUGUUGAUGAGUCGAUGCGCCUUUCCCCGCCUGUUGCGACGGACCUCCUGAGGAAGACACCCCCUGAUCGCUCGCACACGAUUGACGAAGUAGUGGUUCCGCCCAGCACCAACGUGAGCAUAUCGGCUUACACAGCACAUCGCGACCCCAGUGUUUUUCCGGAUCCUGAGGCCUUCAAGCCAGAGAGGUGGCUCAUUAAAGGUCAAGGUGCUCUCAAGCAAAUGCUUGACGCGUACAUCCCGUUUAGUGCAGGACCGCGGGGCUGCAUUGGACGCAGUGUGACAAUUUUGAUGCAACUUGUGUAUAUCGGCACGCUUGUCUACCGGUAUGAGUUUGCCCUACCGAGCCCUGAUUGGGAAAUGGAAUGGAUUGAUUAUUUUAAUCUCUGGCCUAAAGAGUUGCCGCUGAAAAUUUGGAAGAGAAAGAAGGGCAUGAUCGCUUAA